GCCCUCAAGGCCGAAAAUAAUAUCAUGGAAGAUCCAGAGUCAACGGAGGUGGAGACAACAGUCACCUUAUUGCUCUUGGGCGACCCAGGAUGCGGCAAAUCCACGUUUCUAUCGCGCAUCAAGAGUAACAACCUGCGGCCACCAACGCAUCUUGGUGGUGUCCAACACAGUCCACCCGAGAUCGCGCGGGAUAGUGACCAGCCUUUCAUUUAUGAUAUUCGGUUCUCCAAGAGGAAAUUCAGGUUGGAACUCUAUGACACCUCAAAUCCUAACCAACAUUGGUCUACUUUGCAACCUGACGUAGUCGUGAUUGCAUUUGACAUCUCAAAUCGAGAGACUUUGGCGGGCUUGAAAGGCUGGAGAAAUGACAUUACUCGGUUCUUCCAGCAUGGGUAUGGUGAGCGUAUACCAGUCAUGAUGCUGGGUUUGAAGAGAGAUCUGAGAGAAGAAGGAGACAACCUGAUAUACCCCCAAGAAACUUACCGUAUAGCACAGGAACUCCGCUGCGAUCGUUAUGCUGAAUGCUCAGCUAUGACGGGCGAGUUGCUUCCGGAGGCCUUUGAAGAUUUAGCAAGACUUGCCGGAAUGACGACUACUGCAAAAGGCGGACAGACCGCGGGAGGUUGCAAUAUCUUAUGA